AUGAGCGAUUGGAGUCCCGUGGCGAAGGUCUAUGACCCGCUCAAAGCUGGCAGUAUUGACGGCACGGACGUUGAGCCACACGACCGUGCAGUAUGGAGGGCUAUGAUCGCAAACUACAAGCCCAACAAGGGUGUCACGGGGGACUCGCAUCUUACGUUAUUCGUGGCACGUCUAAAUCAACAGACAACAGAGCAGAAGCUCCACGAGGUUUUCUCGAAGUUCGGGGACAUUCGCAGAAUUCGGCUCGUCAGAGACAUCGUGACUGGCUUCUCAAAGGGCUACGCUUUUGUAGAAUACAAGGAGGAGCGUUCUGUAUCGAGGGCCUGGCGGGAUGGCAAUAAACUGGUCAUAGACCAACACGAGAUAUUUGUAGACUAUGAGCUGGAACGAACUCUUCAGGGCUGGAUACCGCGCCGACUUGGCGGGGGCCUUGGUGGGAAAAAGGAAUCAGGACAGCUGAGGUUUGGCGGCAGGGACAGACCUUUCCGGCGGCCCAUCAACCUUUCCCUUACCAUGAUGACGCCAAACCGAUCUGAGCGAAAAUGGGAGGGAGGGCCACGACAUGAAAAACAGAGAGAACCGUCCCCCGGCAGAGACAGAGGCAGGCACAGAGACCACGGAGGACGGAGAGAGAGGAGAGAUGAGUGGGGCAGAGAGAAAGAUCGGGGUGACCGAGAUCAUUACAGAGAACGAAGGGACUCCAAGCGACAAAGGGACAGAAGCACUGAUAGGGAACCCACCAGAGGGAGAGACGAAAGGACGCGAGACACAUAUAGAUACCCAGAAAAGAGAUAGAUUGGCUCUGCAAAUUUGUCAUCUGCUACAAGUUUCUUGGAGAGGAACACGCCUCUAUAAGUUUAGAGCUAGGGCAAUGUAACUGUUAUGUAACUGCUAAUGUGUCGUACAACAUUAUUAGUUUACUGAGAUUUAAACAAUAAUCGGUCAUAUUUUAAGUGCUAAAGAAAAUUACCAUGCGCUGCAUUCUUAAAGAAGCAUAGAACUGUUACAAGUGUGUAAUGAUGUCACUUUCAUCCUCAAAUUGGCAUAUUACACCACUUGAAGACUGUGACAAGUUGUCAUUUCAUUUUUGAACUGAAAAUACUCAAUAGUCAUCUAAUACUUGUGUCUAGCAUGACUUUUAUUGCAGUUGGAUUAUUGCAUUCAUUAAUGUAAUAUACAUUACUUGACCUUUGUACAGGUGUGGUCAAAUCUCGUAGCUUUGAACAAUUUAACG